UAGUAAGUGCCGUACAAGCAAUGUCAAACGCUGGUGCUAGAGCACGGUACAAGUGAUGUGUGAAUAAUAAGAAGGUCCACUUUCUGUAAUAAGUAUUAUAAAUGACGUGGACUAACUUCCACAUCGAUUUCGUAUCAUAUUUCCACUGAAUUUUGUAUUCGUUUGCUUGGAUAGCAACAAUUUAGAGACGAGAUGCGGCUUUCACUGUCGACCUUAAUCUCGCAUGGCCGAAUGGCCCGGCGGAUGGGUCUGGGUCCUGAGUCCCGAAUCAACAUGCUGCGGAACAUUCUGACCGGCCUGGUUCGACACGAGAGGAUCGAGACCACCUGGGCUCGGGCAGAUGAAGUUCGGUUCUAUGCCGAGAAGUUGAUUGAUUAUGCUAAAAGAGGGGACACCGAUGAGAAGUCUAUGAAAAUGGCUGACUUCUGGCUCACGGAAAAAGAUUUGAUCCCAAAGCUCUUCAAAGUCCUGGCACCUAGAUUCGAGAACCAGCAGAAGGGCUACACGCGGAUGGCGCGGAUUCCGAACAGGGAGAACUUGGACCGGGCGGCCAUGGCUGUUCUGGAGUAUAAAGGCCACCCGUACCCUCCUCUGAUCGCCCCCAAACGAGAUAACGAACUCACACUGCUCAACCAGCUGCUGAAAGGCUACAGGGAAGCGAGGGCAAAGCAGGCAGCUGGGAAAGCAGACUGAGCCCUUGGUUUCGCUCUUUUCCGGCAUCCCCUCAUGGUUGUUGUACUGGAAAUAACUACAACCACACCUGUCUGUUUCACUUUCUGCUUUGACUGUGUACAGUUAUUCUCAGAGCAUUGCAUUUAACAAGUGUGACCAAAACUCAUUAAAACUUUUCUGGAAGUUUAAUCAUAGUAUAUCAGUCCAGGGAAUGUCAUACUUGAAAGAUAUUAUUAUUAUUGAUUGUGGGAGUCCCUGAAUAUUUCCUGUCUUUUUCAUGCAGAAAGCAAGUCUUUGCCUGAGUGUCUGAGCUUCUUGCUUAUAUCAUUGUGUAUGCUGCAUUUAACUGAUAUCGAUUGGACUUUAUUCCCCAUGAGACACAUAUCUGGAGCGAUUGUAGGGUGCAUUCUGUUACUCUAAAAAUAAGUCCCACAACACUUCUUUGAUUCCUUCAUAAAAAAUUGAGGAUACAAGGAAGAGAUGUAUGGAGAAAAGGACAUGCUUAAAACGGUGAGGGAAAUGGACUAUCCUUGUUCAGUUACACAUUGUCAAUUCUGUGAUAUUUAGCAGGAAGCCCCUACCACACCACAUUACAUUACAUUACGUCACCCAUACCCUACCACUUCACCUCAUAAAUGCGUGUGGGGGCUUUCACCGCAGAUCCUUUAAAACUCUUCCACAUGAGGAUGCAGCUGUGUACCCCCUCUGUCUUGCUUCUUUCAUGUCUACAGAAUUGGAAUAGUCCUUAAGAUGGUGACCGGUUAUCAAUUUCUGGGUCAUGUAGGGUGCAAGGGUGUAGGAAUCAAGGAGAUGGCAUGAUUUAACGCUUCUGGAAUCCAGCCACUGACUGGGAACUGUUGUGUGUUAAGAUAAAAGUACAGGGUCAAAUGAUGCACACAGAAGGAAAACUAGUCUAUUACAGGUCCUUCACCCCAGUCCCUUUGUGAAGUACUGAGUCUCAGACAAAGAGGCCACCCUUUCAGUGAUAAGGGAGAUCCAAAUCACAAGACCACUGAACCAGCACUUAAUCCUGCUCCUUCAAAAUGUGCACUAGAAUGCUUAAACAGGAGAAAUAAAAAAUACA